GGAGCCGGCCCCCGCCCCGGGCGGCGGCGCUGUGGGUCGGAUCGCGGCAGGACUGGGGGCGGAGGCCAUUCCGCUGGCGCUGCCGGGGGUUCGGGUCCCGCGGCGCCCGGGCCAUGGCGGGGGCUGCGAGUCGCGGCCGCCCCGCGCUGCUGGCGCUGCUGCUGCUGCCGCUGUCGCUGCCCGCGCCCGAGCAGCCGUCCUGCCGCGGCGCCUUCGACCUCUACUUCGUGCUGGACAAAUCUGGAAGCGUGGCACAGAACUGGCACGAGAUAUUUGACUUUGUGAGCCAGCUGACAGAAAGAUUCGUGAGCCCCAAGAUGAGAUUAUCAUUUAUCGUGUUUUCCACCCAGGCACACGUCAUUAUGCCAUUAACUGGAGACAGAGGGAAAAUCAAGAAAGGCUUGAAGGAUUUGGAGGAGGUAAAACCAGCAGGUGACACAUACAUCCAUGAAGGAUUAAAACAGGCCAACCUGCAAAUUAAGGAUCAAGGAACCUCAAGAUCUAGUAUCAUCAUUGCUUUGACAGAUGGCAAGCUAGAUGGUCAGAUUCCCUUGUAUGCAGAGAAAGAGGCAAAGAAAUCCAGAGAGCUGGGAGCUAGAGUUUACUGUGUUGGCGUCUUGGAUUUUGUACAAGAACAGCUUGAAAAAAUUGCUGACACAAAAGGACAAGUCUUCCCCGUCACUGGAGGAUUCCAAGCACUUAAGGGGAUCAUCAAUUCUGUUUUGAAGCAGUCAUGCACAGAGAUUUUAUAUUUGGAGCCAUCCAGCGUCUGUGUGGGAGAGGAGUUUGAAGUUGUUCUUCGAGGAAGUGGCUUAACCCUUGGUGGGAAAACCGAUGGUGUUGCUUGUACCUAUCAACUGAAUGGAACUACAAUCCACGAAAAACCAAAGACUGUGGAAUCUGAUUUUUUGCUCUGCCCUGCACCAGUCCUAUACAAAAGCGGCCAAACUCUGGAAGUGUUGGUGAGUUUGAGUGAAGGACAAUCUUUCAUGUCCAGCUCGUUAACCAUCACCGCGUCCGAGUGUUCUAGUGGUGUGGCGGCUCUCAUUGCUGUUCUCGUGCUGUUACUGUUGGUGGCACUUGGUCUGCUCUGGUGGUUCUGGCCCCUCUGCUGCAAAGUGGUCAUCAAAGAUCCCCCUCCGCCUCCGCCAGCUCCAAAAGAGGAAGAAGAACAGGAGCCCUUGCCUACCAAGAAGUGGCCCACAGUGGAUGCUUCCUACUACGGUGGACGAGGAGUAGGAGGAAUUAAAAGGAUGGAGGUUCGCUGGGGCGAUAAAGGAUCCACCGAAGAAGGGGCCAGACUAGAGAAAGCAAAAAACGCCGUGGUGAAACUCCCGGAAGAACCAGAAGAACCUUUUCAUCCUAAACCACCUAAACCAAAGCCUACCUCACCAGCCAUUCAGGAGAAGUGGUACACGCCAAUUAAGGGUCGACUCGAUGCACUGUGGGCACUGUUACGAAGGCAAUACGACAGAGUCUCUUUGAUGCGACCACAGCAAGGAGAUGAGGGCCGAUGCAUCAACUUCAGCCGAGUUCAGUCUCAGUAGAGAAGGAGAAGAGGAUCCCAGGAGGAAAGACAGCCACACUGCCACUUUUCAAGCAAGCAGAGAGAACAGAGCACUUCCUCACAUCUCUUGGAUCCCUGUCAAGCCCGAAUUCCAAAGGUUUCUGCAUUUUACGCUCCCGGAAGGCAGCGCUGCCGCCCCGAAUCCCUGUGCCUCACCCUGGCACACCAGUGCUCUGCGACUGGCAGCAGGGACCAGACGAACAGCGCUGACUUGCAUGCCCGUGCGCUCAGAGACCACGAAAGGGAGAGCACAGACACCAAAGACGAUAACGGUUUUCUAUUUUUGUUAUUUUAUGGUUUUCUAAGGACUACAGACUCUCAGGACACCGCGUGCCUUCAGCAGCGACGCGGAGCUUCUCACAGGCAGAGACGGCACGUGUUGUUUGAGCGGGGACUACUGGCCUGAGGCGGAGGGUAACAACUCCCACCAGGCUAAGCAAGCGCGCGAGAGCCAAGUGCCUUACAGCGAUGUCAGAUCACAAAGCCCCUCGCGAGCCUCCCAUCACAUCCUGCCUUACAGGAACCUUCUGACUGGAAAUCCUGUCACACUAACACUGAAAAGUGCACACGCAUGACAAAACGUAGACAGGGCGCCUCAAGGUAUUGGUAGCAAGCAAGACUUUGCCCUUUAGUUUUUGAAGACACCUUUCUUUCAUUAUGCACCCGGGAUAGGAAGAAAAUUAAUAGAGCGUUAUUCCACGGGAAGACAGCCUGUAACCAGAGAUCUUGAACGGAGUUUGAGGGACUGACGCUUCAAGACCUUGACAUUGUGGCUGGUGGUUUUUCCCCUCUCCUGCAUUCGGAGUUCAGCAGCGCAUAAAACAUCAUCAUCAUCUAUAAACAUACCUAGCAGUCGCAGGCUUAUCUAUUUCCAUUUUUUUUAGGUUAAAAAAAAGCAGUAGCCACUAAGCUGGUAUCUCAGGGUUUUUUUUCCCCCCCUCGAAUCUCCAAGGGCUCUUCAGCGUCACAAGCCAGCAACUCUCUUUGCAUGAGAAUUUCAAAGUUUAAUUAAUAUAAUUAAAGGCAACAGCAAGCAGCAGCCUGUGAAGAUUUUGCUCAUCUUUUUUAUGCCUUUUGACAUUGAAUGACCUAUUACUGUAUGCGCGUUGCUCGGUUUCCGAGGGGGCACCGAGCGUCGGUUGCAAUUCUGCAUCGGAAAAAGACCUCCUUCCAUCAAUGGAGACAUUAAAUGCACGGGAGCGCCGGCCAUCACAAAACAUCGACCACGUAUGUAUUAUAAUUUUUUAGAAAAACCAGUGUCGUGUCACGUCGACGAUGCCAAAUUAUGUUAGCGUGAGCGGAAACACUGUGGGGGAGGAAGGAGGGAGCAGCUGAAGGAAAAGGCUCAAAUGAUCCAGUCACUUUCGAUACUGUACUUCAGACACAGAAUGGAUAUUCGAGUCGAAACCUGACAAAGCGCCCCCGCUUUGAUGGGAACCGGUAUAGACAAUGACCAGUGGCUGGGUCAGUGGGAUGUCUCUCUGCGAGCAGAGAGGCUUAUCAAAUGACACUAAAAAUAAGUUCAGCAACCAUCACGUUGGAGGGGGAAAGGCGAACAUUUCACAUUUGGUGGGCAUGAAUGUGCGCAAGAUGGAAAGAGCAACGCGAAGCAUCCUGGGCUAAUUAUCUCCUUUGUGCUCUUCACGGAAAUUGCAAGGGACAUAAAUAAUUCUCUUGGUCGAUGUCCAAAUCCGUGGCACUGCCCAAAGAAGCCUUUACAUAUAUCCACUCGCUUACAUCUUCUGCUUGAGUUUAUUUAUGUCACUGGUAGCCUCAUCAUCAACAGCCAUGUGUGCACGUCAGACUAUAAAUAAAAUUAUUAUCUAGG